AACAUGCACGGCCCACAAUGACGAAAAUCCCUCUUCUUCCCCACUAGGGUUCAGGGUUUAACCUGAGCUCAAAUCACUCUCUUCAGUCUGUAGCUGUUUCGGCAUCUGGAAUUUCGUAAAUUUUGCACUCGGUUGUUGGAGUUUGAUUAAGUUGGAAUGGGGAAGAAGCGAAAGCACAGCGAAACCAAGGCGGCAGAGAAUGAGAAGAAGGAAGAAACCGCGCCGGAACGGCCGGAAAGAACUCUUUUCGGAUUCAAAACCAUACCUGAGGAAUUAAAGGAGAAUAAUUCAACCCCCUUUUUCCGGAAUAAAGAGAAAGUUUUGGUUACUUGUUCUCGCCGCAUUAGUUUCAGGUAUCGGCAUUUGAUGAUGAACUUGGUUGAUUUAUUGCCUCAUUGCAAGAAAGAUAACAAGGUCGAGUCAAAGGGGAGCAAAGGUGCGGAUCUGAACGAGCUUGUCGAGCUCAGGAGCUGCUCGUCUUGCUUGUUCUUUGAGUGCAGGAAGGGGAGAGACCUAUACUUAUGGAUGGCUAAGUGCCCCAAUGGUCCCUCCGUCAAGUUUUUGGUUAAUGCGGUGCACACAAUGGAGGAACUGAAACUUACUGGAAACCAUCUCAAGGGUUCGCGUCCUAUCUUGACUUUUUCGUCCAACUUUGAUAAAAGCCCUCAUUGGAAGCUCUUAAAGGAGAUGAUUACUCAGGUAUUUGCCACACCAAAGGAUCACAGGAAAUCUAAACCAUACCAUGACCAUGUAUUUGUCUUCUCUAUUGCUGACGACCACAUAUGGUUCCGGAAUUACCAGAUAUCAGCCGAUCAUACUGGCACAUCACAAAAGUUAGACCGUGGAGACUUGGAAAAGAUGACGUUAAUCGAGGUUGGUCCAAGGUUCUGCUUAAACCCAAUUAAGAUAUUCAGUGGCAGCUUUGGUGGCCCAACAUUGUAUGAGAAUCCUUUCUACGUUUCACCCAACACGAUUCGCUCUAUGGAGAAACGGCAGAAGGCUGGGAAAUAUGCAAAGAAGGUUAAAGCCAAGACCAGGAAGAAGAUGCACGAGAUGGAAAAUCCCCUCGAAGUGGAUGAGUUUGCUGAUAUGUGGAAGGAGUAAGAAUCUAAUAACCUUUGGCAUGUCUUUUUAUUUGCUUUCAUGUAGUCAAAAUUUAGUUUCCUCCACACAACAGGAAGAGUUGUGAUUGGUUAUCCAGUUGCACUUUGUACCAAAUAUGUAGUCUUAUUGGUUCGUAUAAACUGUAUUUGCUCUGUGGCUUCUCAUUCUGCAUAUAUAUGGAAAGCAAAAACUUAUCCAACUCUUACCGUAAA